CCCCGUUUAAUAGGCGCGGCCGCAGCACGCUGCACAACGCGCGGGCACGGUUCUUGCCAUUCCACCUCCUCCACGCGCGCGCGCUAGGCGGCUAGGCGCAGACCGCAGAGGGAGGCACGGACGGGCGGACGGCGGGGCGGUAAGGCGAGGCGAUCCGCGAGGGGCCGGCUAGCUUCGGAGGAGGCCGGGCCGGAGAGCGGAGCGGAGAGGUAGUAUGGACGCGAACGGGCGCGGGGGCGGCGACGACGCGCGGGCGCCGCUCCUGGCGGGGCCCGGGCGGCGGCGCAACUCGGUGGCGUCGAUGCGCGGGGAGUUCGUCUCGCGGCUGCCCAAGAAGGUGCUCGACGCCGUCGACCCCGAGCGCCCGUCGCACGUCGACUUCUCCCGCUCCAAGGGCCUCCUCGAAGGGGAGAGAGAGUACUAUGAAAAACAGUUUGCCACAUUGAGGUCCUUUGAGGAAGUUGACUCACUAGAAGAAUCCAAUGAAAUCAAUGAGGAAGAUGAGCUUGCGGAGCAAAACCAGAGUGAAUUUGCCAUGAAGAUAUCAAAUUAUGCAAACAUUAUUCUCUUAGUAUUGAAGGUAUACGCCACAAUUAGAAGUGGAUCAAUUGCUAUAGCUGCCUCAACACUGGAUUCACUGCUUGAUCUCAUGGCUGGUGGUAUCCUUUGGUUCACACAUCUGUCAAUGAAGAGCAUCAAUGUCUACAAGUACCCCAUUGGCAAACUGAGGGUACAGCCUGUAGGCAUUAUCAUCUUUGCUGCUGUCAUGGCCACUUUAGGCUUCCAAGUAUUUAUUCAAGCUGUUGAAAAGCUGAUAGUGAAUGAAGCUCCAGAUAAACUGAACCAAAUACAACUAUUGUGGCUAUAUUCAAUCAUGAUCUUUGCAACAGUGGUGAAACUAGCUCUUUGGCUCUAUUGCCGAACAUCUGGUAACAAGAUCGUCCGUGCUUAUGCUAAGGAUCACUAUUUUGAUGUUGUCACAAAUGUCGUCGGUUUGGCUGCUGCUGUCCUUGGCGAUAGAUUCUACUGGUGGAUCGAUCCAAUUGGUGCAAUUGCCCUUGCAGUCUACACAAUUUCAAACUGGUCUGGAACAGUGUGGGAAAAUGCAGUAUCACUUGUAGGUGAAUCAGCUCCUCCAGAAAUGCUUCAGAAGUUGACAUAUCUAGCUAUCAGACAUCAUCCUCAAAUCAAGCGUGUCGAUACGGUUCGGGCAUACACCUUUGGGGUGCUUUACUUUGUUGAGGUUGACAUCGAGCUCCCCGAGGACUUGCCACUUAAGGAGGCUCACGCCAUCGGAGAAUCACUCCAAAUCAAGAUCGAGGAGCUCCCUGAAGUCGAGCGAGCAUUCGUUCACCUGGAUUUCGAGUGCGACCACAAGCCGGAGCACUCGAUUCUGAGCAAGCUGCCCAGCAGCCAGCCUUGAUCCGAAUGGAAUCCCACUCCCUCGUGGCCGUUGGGCUACUGGACUGUCGUGCAGGAUCUGCUACGGUGCUUGGUGCAAUGGUGGUGCCUGUGCUGUGUGACUAAAACUAAGAGUUUAAAGUUUAAACCAGUUUUGUGGCCGUGAGGUUCAGAUCAGGCGCGAGUGUGUGGAACCCUGUGCUUGCACGGUCGUGUUUUGAUCGAAAUUAGGCGUUUUUCAGUUGGCAUGUGAUUGGCUGCGUUCUGCUACACGAUGGUGUCAUGGUGAGUAGGCAAGGGUAGGGACUAGGGAGGAAGAGGCAGAUCCUUUGCUUUAAGCAAAUCUCAUUUCAUUUUUUGUCUGAAAGUGUUCCGAGAGUAUGAGAAAGGAUACUGAAACUAUAUUGUGUGGCUCAAAGCCCAAGACUGAGUUUCCUUCACGUUAA